AUGGCUCUCCAAAACCCAGAUAUCCAUAUCAUUAUCAUUGGUGCAGGAAUCACCGGCCUCAUUCUGGCCCAGUCGCUCAAAAAGGCCGGUAUCCGCUACACCAUCUUCGAAAAGGAAGUCUCGCUCAACUAUCGUAGCAAUGAAUGGACCAUGGCAAUCCACUGGUCUCUUGACCGUCUCGAGGCUCUCCUUCCAGCUGACCGCUUCGCCGCCAUGACGCAGGUGUCAUGCAACCCUGCUAUCCCCAUCGACGCCGGGGGCAAAUACCCCAUUAUCCAUGGAGAAACGGGUAACCUUCUGGCUGGAGUCCCCUAUGCUAAAGGUCUCCGUGUACCGCGGAGCAAAAUGCGGGAGCUGUGUGCAGGGGGCAUCGACGUCCAGUACGGGAAGAAACUUGUAGAUGUGGCGUUCUCAGAAAACGGCCAAGUCGUGGCAAUGUUUGAAGACAGAAGCAUCGUCACUGGGUCGAUCCUCAUUGGAGCUGAUGGUCCUCGAUCGACUGUGCGCGAGUUCGCCAUGGGAAGUGUCGAGAAAGCAGCCGUGAGUCGGUUUCCGAUCUUCCAUACCAACAUGACGGUGUCCUACGAUGCGGACAGAGCGAGAUAUCUACGCCAGCGCUUUCCAACUAGUUAUCUGGCCUUGAGUGAUCGGUCGUUCCAUGCUUUUCAGUCCAUAUCGAGUAUGCCAGACGGAGUAGACCACCCAGAAACAUGGGUCUUUCAUCUAGCGAUGGCGUGGUUCACAGACACCGAAGAACCGGCUGACUAUAAGGAAAGGUUGGGUUUGAUCCGUAAGAAAGCCGAAACUUUGGCUGAGCCAGCCCGGUCGGCGUUUACGUGGAUUCCAGAAGACACUCAGGUUCAUAAAGCGGAUAUCAGCUUCUGGAUCACUCAGCCAUGGGAUAAUCGAGAGGGAAGAAUUACCUUGGUUGGGGAUGCGGCACAUCCCAUGCCUCCUUACCGUGGACAAGGUUUGAAUCACUGUAUUUGUGAUGUGUCGCAUUUGCUGGACGGUAUCAAAAAGGUUGCGAGCGGAGAAUCAACGCUGGCAAAGGAAAUUAUAGCAUAUGAGGAAGAAAUGGUGCCGCGUGGUAGGGACGAGGUGACUUGUUCAAUAGAGAAUGGAUAUAUGUUGCAUGAUUGGGAGAAGGUGCGAGAGAGCCCUGUGUUUAAGCAGGGGUUUAGGCCUAUGGAGGGACAUGAUACUGAGCGCCAUGAGAGGAUGAAGCCGGAGGCUACUACUGUUGGUACUUAA